CCUUUGGGGUUGGGGGGCUUGUCCUCGCUCAUGUCCUGUCCCUCCCUCACCCCUGCAGGAGAAGGAACGCCAGCGCCUGGAGAACCUACGGCGGAAGGAGGAGGCUGAGCAGCUGCGCAGGCAGAAGGUGGAGGAGGACAAGAGGCGGCGGCUAGAGGAGGUGAAGCUGAAGCGUGAAGAGCGCCUCCGCAAGGUGCUGCAGGCCCGCGAGCGGGUGGAGCAGAUGAAGGAGGAGAAGAAGAAGCAGAUCGAGCAGAAGUUUGCUCAGAUCGAUGAGAAGACUGAGAAGGCCAAGGAGGAGCGGCUGGCAGAGGAGAAAGCUAAGAAAAAGGCAGCGGCCAAGAAGAUGGAGGAGGUGGAGGCGCGCAGGAAGCAGGAGGAGGAGGCUCGCAGGCUCAGGUGGCUGCAACAGGAGGAGGAAGAGCGGCGGCACCAGGAGCUGCUGCAGAAGAAGAAGGAGGAGGAGCAAGAGCGGCUGCGGAAGGCGGCCGAGGCCAAGCGGCUGGCAGAGCAGCGUGAGCAGGAGCGGCGCGAGCAGGAGCGGCAGCUGAGUCAGACGGAGCUGCAGGAGAGGGAGAAGGCCCUGCGGCUGCAGAAGGAGCGGCUGCAGAGGGAACUGGAGGAGAAGAAGAGGAAGGAAGAACAGCAGCGUCUGGCUGAGCAGCGGCUGCAAGAGGAGCAAGAGAAGAAAGCCAAGGAGGUGGCAGGGGCCAGCAAAGGCCUGAACAUGACUGUGGACGUGCAGAGACCCCCCAAGAUCAAUCCGGAUGACUAUGGGAUGGAUCUGAACAGCGAUGACUCCACUGAUGACGAGGCCCAGCCCCGGAAGCCCAUCCCCACCUGGGCUAGAGGCACCCUGCUUAGCCAGGCCAUAAUCCACCAGUACUACCACCCACCGAACCUUCUGGAGCUCUUUGGAAUCAUUCUCCCACUGGACUUGGAGGACAUCUUCAAGAAGAGCAAGCCCCGCUACCACAAGCGCACCAGCUCCGCAGUCUGGAACUCACCACCGCUGCACGGCACCAGAGUCCCCGGCAGCCUGGCCUAUAGCCUAAAGAAGUACUGA